CGGCGGCCCGCACACAAUUCCUUUGGCUUCCUUCCGAAACCCCUCCCGAGUUGCGAACCCCUCGCCAACCCUAACCCCCUGAAAAGAAGGCGAUAUCUUUCUCCUCCUUUGACUUUCUUCUAUUGGUGAGGUAUCUUCUCCUUCCGCGCAUCGUUAUCUCAAUCGAUUUCUUGCAGUGCAUCUCUCAGUUUAAACGAGCGACCAUACCGAUCUCGUGUCACGAAAGGAUCUCGGCAGUCCAAUGAGUAGCAAGAAGCGGCCCUCCAUGUCCCAAGAACCGCUAGAUAGCGAGAAUAAUGAUUCGGUUGAGGAGGUUUCCGUGGAAACUGACACAGAAUUUGAAAAAGGUGAGACCUUCAAUGCAAAGACUGCGGCAUCGGCUGCCCCUGGGUCCAUGAAUAUUAUGGAGAGGAGGAAGAAGAGGAAGGAAUUGGACAAGGCAAGGCACCGGCUUGAUGCUGAGAAGGAGCAGCCUAAAGCUAAGAUGCCUAGUGAAGGCGCUCCUUUGGCUGACACGCAGUCCGUGCCCUCUAUGGUUGCUGCCAACCAGCCUGGGUUGCAUGUAAAUGUGUUCAGGGAUCUUGCAUCUGCCGAUUCUUCGGUUAGGGAAGCUGCUGCCGAGUCUUUGGUGGUGGAGUUGUCUGUGGUUCAGAAAGCAUACGAAAAGCAAAGGGGGAAAGGGGAGGAAGAUGGGGCUCUUCAGCUAGAGGCUGAGAAGGAUGAUGGGUUGGAGGACUGUGCGCCUUCUCUGAGAUAUGCUAUUCGUCGACUUAUCCGGGGGGUGUCUUCCUCGAGGGAGUGUGCACGGCAAGGUUUUGCAUUGGGGUUAGCAGCUGUAGUUGGGACAAUUCCAACUAUUAAGUUGAACUCAGUGAUGAAAUUGAUAACUGAUUUGCUUGAUGUUUCUUCUUCAAUGAAGGGUCAGGAAGCUAAAGAUUAUCUUUUGGGUCGCCUCUUUGCUUAUGGUUCCCUUGUUAGAUCUGGGCGAAUUGUGAAGGAUUGGAGUACAAAUACUGAUACAUCAGUUAUUAAGGAUUUUAUGAGCCACAUUAUUUCUUUAGCUGGGAAGAAGCGGUACCUGAGUGAGCCAGCUGUUUCUAUAAUUUUAGAUAUGGUUGAUAAGCUACCCUCACAAGCCCUGUCAAUUGAAGUACUGAAAGCUUCUGGUGUACACGACUGGUUUAAGAGAGCUGCUGAAGUAGGAGAUCCAGAUGCUCUGUACUUAGCUUUGAAGUUGCAAGAGAAGAUUCAAGUUGAUGAUGAAGUGUUUGGCAAGCUGCUUCCUCACCCAUUUACUUCUGAGAACUUCUUUGGUCGAGACCAUCUGUUAUAUCUUGCUGAUUGCUUUAAGGAAUCAAGCUUCUGUCUGCCACGUGUUCAUAGUCUUUGGCCAGUAAUGGUGAACUUGCUUACAUUGGACAUGACAACUCAUUCUGAAGAUGUUGCAGUACGUUCAACAUCUGUUAAAAAGCAGAAGAGGAAUCGUAAAGGUAGCUCCUUUGAGGAUAUUGCCAAGAAUAUUCGUUGUUUUCAUGAAGUUGUAAUUGAAAGAUCACUUCUUCAGUCAUCUCAUGAUAGGAAACUUUUGGCGCUGGAUAUUUUGCUUCUUAUUCUCCCAAAAUUGCCUGUAUCUUGCAUUAAGGUUGUCCUAUCUAACAAGCUUGUCCAUUGCCUGAUGGACGUUCUCUCCAACAAAGAUUCCUGGUUGUACAGUGCGGCUCAGCAUUUUCUGAAGGAGUUACUAGACUUGGUUGGAGAUGAUAAUGAUCGGUGUGUUUCAGUCAUUACAUCCUUACAGAAACACAGCAGUGGUAUAUUUGAUAGUAUUUCCAGGACACAGACAGUGAAAAAUUUGGUUGCUAAAUUUAAUACGGUUCCAGGCUGUUUGCUGUUUGUGCAGGAUUUGAUUAGUUUGUUUGUGGAUGAAGGACCUAUUACAGAUGAACCAUCAGAUCAAAGUCAGACUACAGAUGAAAAUUCUGAUUUAUGCUCUUCAGAGGAUAAAGAAACUCUUGCUUCUGGGAAUAUCGAUUCCCUGAAGAAUUGGGUUAUAGAUACCAUGCCUCGUGUUUUAAAAAAUCUAAAGUUGGAUUCUAUUGCAAAGUCUUGGCCACAUACAGAAAUUGUGAAACAUAUAGAAGCGAAGUUUCGAGUGCAGACAGAAAUUACAAAAUUUUUAGCAGUUCAGGGUUUGUUCUCUGCAUCUCUAGGCACUGAAGUAACUUCAUUUGAGUUGCAAGAGAAGUUUAAAUGGCCAAAGGCUGCUAUAUCUAGUUCUCUAUGCAGGAUGUGUAUCGAGCAGCUUCAGUCCUUAUUAGAAGAUGCACAGAGAGGGGAAAGUUCACAUGCAUCAACUGGCAUUGAGUUUAAUGACCUUGGUUCUUAUUUUGUGUGUCUGUUAAACACUUUGUACAACAUUCCUUCAGUUUCACUUUAUAGGACCUUGACCAGUGAAGACGAGAAGGCAUUUAAAAAGCUGCUAUCAAUGGAAUCUAGACUUUCUCAAGAGGAAAGGAAAAUAAGGCCUGGCCUAGAUGCAAACAAAUUGCAUGCAUUUCGCUAUCUGCUAAUCCAGUUGCUGUUGCAAGUACUCGUCCGUCCAGGAGAGUUCUCUGAAGUUGCAUUGGAGUUAACUAUAUGUUGCAAGAAGGCUUUUCCUGCUGCUGCUGAUGACGGCUCUUCAGAAGAUGAAGAAUAUGAUGGUAACGAUGUGCCAGAAUUUAUGGAUGUGUUGGUGGACAAUUUACUUUCACUUCUGCCGCAGUCAUCCAGUCCAUUAUGUUUUGCUGUUGAACAGGUUUUCAAGUCUUUCUGUGAUGAUAUUACUGAUGCCGGACUCCUUCAAAUGUUGCGAGUUGUAAAGAAGGAUUUGAAGGGUCCUCGUCACCCAACGGCAAGCAGUUAUGGAGAUGAAGAAGAUGAUGAUGAUGAUUUUCUUGGAAUCGAAGAAGCAGAGGAGGCUGAUGAAGUUGGGACUGAUGACACAGUUGAUAGUGAUGGCCAUGCUGAUGGUGCUGAUGAAUUGCUUAGACCUGAGGAAACUGAUGACAAAGUUGCCAAGAAAGAUGUGGAUAUUAUGGGGACAGAGAUAGUCAAGGCAAUUGAUAAAGUUACCAAGAACGAGGAACUUUCAGCUUCUGAUGAUUCUGAUGAUGACAUGGAUGAUGAUGCGAUGUUUCGUAUGGAUUCUUAUAUUGCAAGGAUAUUCAAGGAACGGAAAAUUUCUGGCAGUGACAGUGCUCAAUCACAGCUUAUACCUUUCAAACUUCGUGUUCUCUCACUUCUAGAGAUUUAUCUGCAGAAAAAUCCAGGUAAACCUCAGGUCUUGAUGGUUUAUUCUUACUUGGCUCAAGCUUAUGUGAAUUCACAUAUGACUGAGGGUGGGGAGCCUCUCAAACAACGCAUUGGGGGAAUUGUGCAGAAGAAAGUAUUUAAAGCAAAGGACUACCCAAAAAGUGACGACAUACAGCUUCAUAGUCUUGAAAUCUUGUUGGAGAAGAGUCUAAAAUCAGCAUCACGUUCACGGUAUAAAACCGUAUCUUCUUUUGCUCAAACCUCCACGUUUUGGUUGUUAAAAGUCAUGCAUUCACGGGACUUGUCAAAAUCUGAACUUGAGAGUGUGGCCAAUGAUUUUCAAAACGUAUUGGUUGACUACUUCAGUAAUAAGAAGUCUCGACUGAAAGCUGGCUUCAUCAAAGAGGUUAUUAGAAGGCAUUCGUGGCUUGGGCUUCUGCUCUUUGGCUUCCUUUUGGAGAAGUGUGGGACUGCAAAAUCAGAAUUUCGACAAAUUGAGGCCCUAGAUGUCAUAGAUUGUAUUAUUAAAACGUGUAUUCCAACUGGCAAAGGAGAGAAAGAUCAAGAUGACUCGAGUAGAGCUAAAUUUUUAAAGAAAAACUUGCCAGCGAUCUGUGAGCUGAUGGAAAAGCUGUUGACCAAGAUGCCAGAAAAGCAAUCACGACGUGCAGAAGUGCGGCGGUUUUGCAGUCGGAUCUUGAACACAGUCUCAAUGCUUAACCUGAACAAGGCUUUUCUUAAGGUUCUGAAGCCAGAUGCACGCGUCCUUUGUGAGCAUCAACUUGGAGAGGCAUUUCAUCCCUUUAAGAGUUCUAGUUAAGUGAAGUGCUUGCAAGCCAUUCAAUUAGAUGGUGAAAGGAGGUACUUAGGCUUCUACCGGAUGCGGCUGAAAUCAUCUGGAGGCCAUUCAAGAUGGGGUCCUAAAGCUUCAAUGCAAGUGAUUGUGGAGGAAGUCGGUAUGUUUGCUGCUGAAACCAUUGUUCAAAUUGGAUUCUUUGAAAGUGGCCGUUUAUUCAUCAGUUUUGCAGUUUUGGGAAGGAUGUGAUGGAACACUUCCCAAUGUAUUUGUGAGAUUAGUAAAAGAGAAAUCGAAAGAAACAAUUUCACCCAACAGCCCUAAAGCGAUAGUUUUACAACCCUAUAUAACGUUGUUCUUUGUGAAACAUAUAUAUUUGUUUUUGAGUCAAGUAGGAUAGUGUUUGCCGUGUAAAAUUUGUGCAAGGAACUAAUUCUGCAUGCCUUGCUAGAAUACUUAAAUGUUUUGGUCAAUUUGCUUGUGCUGAUGCUCGAAAUACUCAUUCGUAGUGGUAUGACCAUUGUUCAUCUUUGGAAUCA